AUGGUGUCCAAGCCCACUGAUGUCUACAAGGUGUUUGUCUCCAAGGACUACAUGAAGUUCAAUGCGGCCCACUUCAUCGCGUACAAGGGCUUCCGCGAGCGCCUGCAUGGCCACAACUACCGCUUGUCCGUGACCAUUUACGGCCAUUCGGUUGGCCACGACGGCUACGUGCUGGACUUGGUCAGAUCAAGGCGCGCGCGCAAGAUUUGCAAGGAGCUCAACGAGCACUUUAUCGUGCCCAUCAAGAGCGACGUGUUGACGAUUGUGGUCGAUGACACCAACGUGCAGUUGACGACCGAAGACGGCCAAAAGUUCAGCUUUCCCAAGUCGGACUGCUCGAUCUUGCCCAUUGUGCACUCGUCGGCGGAAGAGCUCGCCAUCUACAUUAGCGGCCGCUUGAUCGAAGAGUUUACGAUGAACGAGCUCCAGGCGCGCAACGUGUUCAAGCUCGAAAUCAGCAUCGCCGAGGCGGAGAACCAGCUCGCUUCGUACGAGCGCCACCUCACGUACGAGUAG